AAAAAAUUUACAAUGAGUAAGGUUAUGUUCACUGCAAACGUCAUAAAUUUAAAUAAAUUUUUAAGAGUACAUCAUGAAAUUAUAAAAUGCUCAACCAAUUUUCUACAUACUUUAGACUUCCAAAUACUUUAUUCGAAGGAAAAUAAAACUGAAAGUCCAAGAAUGCGCGAAUUUAGAAAAAAAUUAAGAGAACGUACACCUAUAGAAAAGCUAGAAGAACUAGAAGAAGGAAAACAUCCUUAUCAAGAAAAAGAACCAUUGAAACCUUUUCCAAACGAUACUAAUCCAGAAACAGGUGAAAUAGGAGGUCCACGAGGACCAGAACCAACUCGAUAUGGCGAUUGGGAGAGGAAAGGUCGAGUAACGGAUUUCUAGACAUUCUAA